UUCGUCUUUCGGAAUGAUCAGCAAGCUGGACAGUGUGCUCCUGACGCAGAAGAAGUUUAACUUUCACUAUAAGAACGUGCGCUGGGCUCGUGGGAGAAAUGAGACUUACCUUUGUUUUGUGGUGAAAAGACGCAUUGGCCCUGAUUCCCUGUCAUUUGACUUUGGACACCUGCGCAAUCGCUCAGGCUGCCAUGUAGAGCUGCUUUUCCUGCGUUACUUGGGUGUGCUGUGUCCUGGACUGUGGGGUUCGAGUGUAACCGGUGCGAGAAUGUGUUACUCAGUGACCUGGUUCUGCUCCUGGUCGCCCUGCUCUGAAUGCGCCAAGCACCUUGCCCACUUCCUGUCGCAGACGCCCAACCUGCGGCUCAGAAUCUUCGUAUCACGACUGUACUUCUGUGAUGAAGAGGACAGCCAAGAGAGGGAAGGACUGCGAACCCUAAAGAGGGCAGGAGUGCAGAUCUCGGUUAUGACUUUUAAAGGUAAACAAGAGAGGAAAAGAGUAGGGAUGCACCGAAUGUUCGGCCACCGAAUAUAUUCGGCCGAAAAUAGCAAAAAACGCAUGUUCGGUAUUCGGCCGAAUAUGUGAAAUGGCCGAAUAAUUUUACCGAACAUGACUCGAGAAACGAUCAACUAGCAACCAGCGCAGAGAGAGAGAGAGAGAGAGAGAGAGAGAGAAAGAGACGUGCGCUUUAUUAAUGCCGCAAACAUUUUGGCAGUGUGUGUGUGGAGCAUUUUAAGGUGUCAGAGAAAGACAAAGCACGGGACUUGCCGCACGGAAGUAAAUUUCCGAAUGAAAGCGUCUUUACCGGUCGGUAACUUGUGGCUAUUUCAGACGGGAGCGGGCUGUCUGACAGUAGCCCCGCCGCUCGCGACAUCCUUUGACAUCAUACAGUGGUCGCGCGCACACAGUUCCCUGUACUAAACAACUUGUCAAAGUAUGUUCUGUGCAUCCCGGCAACGAGUGCACCAGAGAACAGUCAGCUUUUGUGGGCGGAGUUUGCAGGAGAGACGUGAACUGAUGUGGUUGUCAGUCAGCAUCAGUCAGAAUAGCUUGCGUUCGAUGUUUUUUUUUCUUACAAUCAUUUUGCAACGUAGCCUAUAAUAAUCCAACAGUUUUAGUUUAUUCGUAUUUUUAGUUUAUAGGCCUAAUGUGGAAUGACACUUUUUAAUGAACUGUUUUGUUGUAGGGGUACAGAGUAACUUACAUUACAUUCUUUUACCAGUCAGUUAUAGGCCUAAUUAAUAUAGGCUAUUAAAUUUUUUGUUUUAAUGUAUUUUGUUUUGCUCAAUUUUAUAUUAAGUUGUAUUGUAUUUUAUUGAAAAGCAAGACAAAUUUUUAAAAGCAAAUUUUGACUAUUCAGUUUGUGCAAUAGUGAAAAAAUAGCUUAAUAAAUAGAAGAAAUGCAAAAACCAUAUUCGGUGUUCGGUAUUAUUCGGCCUUCGGCCAAGUGUUUCACAUCAUGUUCGGCUUCG